AUGCGGUGGCUGGAAUUAGUUAAAGAUUAUGAUUGUGAAAUUCUGUAUCAUCUAAAAAAAGCCAAUGUAGUGGCAGACGCUUUAAACAGAAAAUGUCUCAGACAGGUUUUCAGCACCGUAAUGAUAGCUCCUCAACUAGCUUCAAAAAUGGUUAAGGCUGAAAUUAAAUUUGUGGUCAUAGUGGACUGUGCCACGAAGUCAGCUCAUUUUCUACCAGUAAAGACUACUUAUACAGUGGAUCAGUAUGCAGAGCUGUAUGUGAAGGAGACAGCUUGUCUCCAUGGAGCUCCUAAAUCCAUUGUUUCAAACAGAAAUCCAAAGUUUACAUCAAAAUUCUGGACAGGAAAACAUGUUUUCCUGCGAGUUUCUCUAAUGAAUGGCAUUAGGCGCUUUGCAAAGAGGGGAAAAUUAAGCCGUAGGUUUAUUGGGCCAUUUGAGAUACUCGAGAAGGUCGAGCAGGUAUUUUGGAAAGUUUGGACACAUUUUGGGCAAGCUUUGGAUUGCUUGGGGAAACCUAGUGCAAACCGGUUAACCAGUUUGCCAGUUUUUGAUUUUGUUCGUGUUGAUUUUUUCGGUGUUCAAACGGGUGUACUCGUGGUUUCUCAAUUUUUUUGCUCAACUGAUAGCAAAGCCCAAGUUGACAGCCCACAAACAAUCAGCCCAAUACAAUUGGACCCAGAAGCCAUUAUACAGCAAGUCAAAGAAUGGGAAGAAGCUUCGGCUCAGCACAUCACAGAAGGCUCGAAGGAGAAGGUGAACAGUGAAAUCGACCAAGCUGAAAAGGGGGAAACAAGCCGCAAGAGGAAGAGAAUCAAGCCAAGCUGGUUGAGAGACUUUGUUCUAAUGAAGAACGAGGAGAUUGCUGCGUUGUUGCAGGCGUUGGACCUCAAGUGGGAACAACGAUCGGAAUCCCAGAUGGAGACUAUCAAGAUGAUGAUCGAUGAACGCUUCAACCAGAAUUCUCAACCAUCGCCGGUGAACCAAGUGGGUGAAGCUAGUGGGGGCAGAGACUCAGUUCGCGAACGGAGCCGACGUUCCGAUGCUGAAUCAGAUUGCCGAGACAUCAACUCAAUUCUCAAAACCUUGCGAGUUAAGGUGCCUCGCUUUGACGGACAGAAUGUGGACGAUUGGAUUUAUAAGAUAAAUAAGUUUUUUGAUCUUCACCGAGUGGAUUAUGGAAUGCGAUUAGCGGUUGUUCCGUUUCACUUAGACGGACCUCCAUCCAGCUGGUUUCAAUGGAUGGAAAAAGGUGGAUCGAUUUAUGAUUGGGAUUCCUUCUUGAGGGAAUUACAACUUCGCUUUGGUACAUCCAUUUACGACGAUCCUUUGGGUCGAAUUUCGAAACUCACACAGACGGGGAAGGUUUCGGAGUACAGACAAGAGUUCGAAAUGUUGAUGCCUCGUAUCACAGGAGUGGCAGACUCCAUGUUCUUGAACUUCUUCAUUUGGGGACUGAAGUUAGAAAUCCGACGAGAGUUACUGAUGGCACCUCCGGCGAAUUUAGCCGAUGCUAUGGCCAAAGCCCAAUUAUUCGAGGAUCGCAAUGAAGAUCUGUUCGCUCGACAACGAGACCAUAAUAGAACCGGGUGGAUCUCGAAACAAAGUUACCAACAACCCAAUUCACAUUCAACUUUUCCGACCACAUACAAGCCGAGUACGGGUCCUCCAUCACCUCCAAUCCAACCAUUGGGUAAACCAGCCAAUACAAUCUCUCUGCCAAUUAAGAAAUUAUCACCCAGUGAAAUGAAGGAACGUCGGGAGAAAGGCUUAUGCUAUACAUGUGAAGAGAAGUUUCAUUAUGGUCAUAAAUGCAAGAUCAAAAUGUUGAUUAUGUGCGUUCACGAUGAGGAAGAUGCAUCCAUGGGGGCUGACGAGGAGGAACAUGAAAUUGACAGUCCAGAAGAAGAAGUAAGUCUCAAUUCGCUCUCUAAUUCAUUGAACCCGAGAAUUUUCCGCAUUACAGCGAAACAUGGCAAUGAAUCACUCGAAGUAUUGGUCGACACCGGUAGCAAUAAUAAUUUUAUUCAAGAAUCAUUGGCUACACAACUCAAUUUACCGUGGGAAGAGACGAAAUGUUUCAAAGUAUACAUGGGUAAUGGAAAUUUUUUGUUGUGUUAUAAGCUCUGUAAGGAGGUUGAGCUAUGGUUACAAGGGCACCGCUUCAUAGUAGAUCUAUAUGUUCUUCCGAUCUGUGGCUUGGACGUCGUUUUGGGUAUGCAAUGGCUUCAAACUUUGGGACCGUGCAUUCACGAUCACAAGGCACUCACCAUGGAAUUUACUUGGCAGGGAAACAUUAUUAAGCUAUCGGGUUCCACUCAAAUUUCUGGGAACCAUCUUACUUACACACAACUCACUACCUUACUGCGCGAAGGAGAAGUUCGGGGUUUAUUUCGACUCGAAACAACUGAGGACACUAAGGAGAAUGACAUUACUGAUCUGGCAGCUCUUGAAGCCCAUUUUCCGCCACAGGGACGAGGUUUAUUGUCUCAGUUUGCAGCAGUUUUUGCUACACCGAAUCAGCUGCCCCCUUUUCGUUCGGUGGAUCACCGCAUUUUUCUACAGCCAGGUUCGACACCUGUAAACGUGAGACCUUACCGGUACCCCUAUUUUCAAAAGGACGUUAUUGAAAAACUGGUGCAAGAGAUGCAGGAUGUUGGAUUUAUUCGACCAAGUACUAGCCCCUAUUCGUCACCUGUGCUAUUAGUGAAAAAGAAAGACGGGUCAUGGCGAUUCUGCGUGGAUUACAGAGCGUUGAACGGUCUCACCAUUAAAGACCGCUUCCCCAUUCCCACAAUAGACGAACUACUCGACGAACUGGGUGGUGCUACCGUCUUCUCCAAGUUAGAUCUGAGAGCUGGCUAUCAUCAAAUACGAAUGGAUCGCAGGGACAUUCACAAGACAGCUUUCAGGACACACCAAGGCCAUUACGAAUUUGUUGUGAUGCCUUUUGGGCUAACAAAUGCCCCUUCGACGUUCCAAGCAGCUAUGAAUCAGGUUUUCAGACCCUACCUUCGACAUUUUGUUACUGUUUUUUUUUACGAUAUUCUUGUGUACAGCAACAAUGAGACCGACCACGCUCAACAUCUGGCCAUAGUCCUUCGAGUGCUCCGGGAUACUAAAUUUUUUGCUAAGGCCAGUAAAUGCAAUUUCUUCCAGAAAAGAGUUGAAUAUUUGGGCCACUUGGUAUCUUCAAAUGGUGUGCAGGCUGAUCCAUCAAAGAUUACAGCCAUGAACGAAUGGCCUGUGCCUACCUCUUUGAAACAACUACGUGGAUUCUUGGGUCUUACAGGAUAUUACCGCCGCUUUGUAUCUCAUUAUGCAACAAUAGCAGCUCCUCUGACUGACUUACUGAAGCGAGACAAUUUUAAAUGGACUGCCGAAGCUGCUACUGCCUUUGCCCAUCUCAAGAAAGCGAUGACCGACACACCCGUACUCAAGUUGCCUGAUUUUUCUAAAGAAUUUAUAGUUGAAACAGAUGCAUCUAACGUCGGCAUAGGAGCAGUUUUAAUGCAGGAUGGCCACCCAUUGGCUUAUUUUAGCAAGAAAUUGGGACCUCGUUUCAUGGGUUCGUCGGCUUAUCUAAGGGAGAUGCGUGCGAUAGUUGAAGCAGUCAACAAAUGGCGACAAUAUUUGUUAGGCCGCCAUUUCAUUAUCAGGACAGACCACAGAAGUUUACGGGAGCUCUUAACACAAGUCAUUCAAACACCGGAACAACAACAGUUCAUUCGUAAGCUGCUGGGUUUUCAUUUUACUAUUGAAUACAAAGCGGGUACAUUAAAUUCUGCUGCUGAUGCCCUCUCCCGAAAGUUUGAGACACCUUCUUCAUCAUUAUUGAUCGGUCAAAGUGCUGGUUGUUUUGAUUUUCUAGAGGAAUUACAGCAGGAGAAUAUUACUUGCCCAGAUUUGAGGCUUCUUCACACUCAAUUGCAGCAGGGACAGCUUGAUGCUACUGUGUAUUCUCAGAGAGAUGGCCUCAUGUACUACCGCCAGAAACUUUUUAUUAGUGCUUAUUCUAAUCUGAAACAAAAACUGCUUCAUGAGUUCCAUGAUACACCAAUGGGAGGCCAUGCGGGCAUAGAGCGCACCUACUUGCGCUUAGGAGCUAAUUUUUUUUGGCAUGGGAUGCGAUCUGAUGUUAAGCAAUUUGUGGCCACUUGCACUAUUUGUCAAACGGUGAAACAUUCAACUUCGGCACCAUAUGGUCUUCUUCAACCGUUAGACAUUCCGGAGAGAGUCUGGGAGGACUUAGCUAUGGAUUUCAUUGUAGGCCUCCCUAACUCUAAUGGCGUCACAAACAUUUUGGUCGUGAUUGAUCGCUUCACAAAAUAUGCACACUUUGGUGCCUUGCCCCGUCAAUACUCAGCCACAAAAGUGGCAGAAUUAUUCAGCAAUAUGGUCAUUAAGCUCCAUGGAUUACCGCGAACUAUAGUGAGUGACAGAGAUCCGGUGUUUACUAGUGCAUUUUGGAAGAAGCUAUUUGAGCUUAUGGGCACUAAGUUGAAAAUGAGCUCCGCUUAUCAUCCCCAAACUGAUGGUCAAACAGAAGUUACGAACCGCUAUUUGGAGCAAUAUCUUCGAGCUUUCACUGUCGAGAAUCCCAAACAAUGGAGCAAGUUUUUGUGUUGGGCAGAGUAUCAUUAUAACACGAGCCACCAUUCCGCUAUUGCAAUGACUCCCUUUCAGGCGGUAUAUGGCCGAAUACCUCCAUCCAUUCCGACGUAUAUCCGAGGGUCCACAACUGUUCAAGCGGUAGAGGAAGACUUGUUGACAAGAGACGACAUCUUACAGCAUCUCAAAGACAAUUUGCUCAGGGCUCAAAACAGAAUGUGCCAACAGGCUAACAAGAAGCGCAAAGACAUCUCCUUCCAAAUUGGCGAUUUGGUCUUGGUUAAACUCCAACCUUACCGGCAAUCCACAGUAGCGCACCGCAACAACUUCAAGCUUAGUCGUCGAUAUUUUGGCCCGUUUGAAGUUAUUGGACAUGCCGGCCCCGUUGCAUAUACGCUGAAACUUCCCCAAGGCAGCCGCAUCCACCCCACUUUUCACGUAUCACUGCUCAAACCAUUUCGGGGAUCACAACAGUUACCGUGCUAUCCGUUGCCUGAGUUCAGCUUGGCUAACAAACCAAUCCUCACGCCGUUGGCUAUUCUCGCUACCAGAAUUAAUCACACAGCUACUGGUAUGACUCGUCAAGUACUCGUUCAAUGGACUCUCAGUUCGCCUGAAGAUGCAACAUGGGAAGACUUUGAUGCUUUCAUACGGAUGUACAAUUUAGUCGACCUUGAGGACAAGGUCGUUUUCGGAGAGGGAAGCAGUGAUAGCAAAGCCCAAGUUGACAGCCCACAAACAAUCAGCCCAAUACAAUUGGACCCAGAAGCCAUUAUACAGCAAGUCAAAGAAUGGGAAGAAGCUUCGGCUCAGCACAUCACAGAAGGCUCGAAGGAGAAGGUGAACAGUGAAAUCGACCAAGCUGAAAAGGGGGAAACAAGCCGCAAGAGGAAGAGAAUCAAGCCAAGCUGGUUGAGAGACUUUGUUCUGUUAUGGGCGCGAUGA